UUCCACGUGGAUUUGCUUGUCUCUUGCCAUUUCUCCAAGGACAUUAACAUCUGCAAUUUCAAUCUUCUAAUAAUACUUAUGGGAAUAAAAUAUACAUUAAAGUAUACAAACAAAAUACAUGUAUUCUUUAUUUUUUAUUUUGGAGGGUAGAUGUGUAGUUGGUUUAAUGAAAAAGCAUUAAAAAUCCAUGAAUGAAUCUUUUGAUAAUAAUUGGUAGCAAGUGAUCCCAAGAUAGGUUUUGUCUUUCAUUCUAAGAAAAAGAAAAAAAGAUAGUAUUCUGAGCUUGUUUUGUGAAAGUUUAGUUUUGAAAUACUUCCAUUGAAUUUGCUUUCAUGAAAGUGAGUUGGGAUAGAAGAAGAAGGUAAUAAGUUAUGUGGGGUUGUGUUUAGAGCAAACCAACUUCCAGCCUAGCCGACCAUGGCGCUCUCGUGAGAGGGACAAAAGAAAAAGGAAAAAAUAAAAUAAAAAAGAAUCCCUUUAUCCUACGCACUCCUCUUUCGUAUCAUCCUACACCCAUUACCUCCUUCCUUUCUCUAGUCCACUCUCCCAGUAUCCCCAAAUUGCUGAGGGGACCCCUUACCCUGUAAUGGCAGUUUAUGGGGUAGCUAAAGCCAAAGCCAUAAUGAUAACUGUUUGUGCACGUAGUGCCAUUUCCCGCAAUUCUCUGUGACCCCGUUUCACCAUAUGUCGUUUAACCCCUCUUCCUACCUGAGCACCUUCCCAUGGCCUGAUCUGCCUGAACUCGGGCUUAUCCUUAGGAAAGAACAAUACCCAUUUGAGUUUAUGAGUUGUAAUACAGACAUUGAUACUCAAUCAGAUCUGUGGCUCUGUAAAGAUUUUAUGCAGACAAAAGGAUCUUCUUUUUGAGGGAGCUUGUGUUCUGCCAUUGAAUGCGGAAUACUAGAAAAGGAAAGGGUGUCAGAUGAUUGCUGCUGGUUUAGUUUUGUGAAUGUUUUUACAUCUUCCUCUUUUGAUCAAUGUUAUCUAGUUUGGAUAGUGUUUGAUGGAUGUAUGUAAAUCGGGCCGAGCAUUUAGGAAGCACAUAACGGUGGAGACCCCUCGACCACCUUUGGUUCCGGCCGAAAAGAAUAAUGUACUCACCACCACCCGCCUUCGAACGCGGGAAGUUUCUUCUAGGUACAAGUCACCUUCUCCCUCGACAACGCCCAAGGGUACUCGGCGUUGCCCAUCACCGAAUCUUACAAGAGCAGCAUCUUCACCCACUUCUUCUCAUUUGGUAUCCAAAAGAGCAAUAUCUGUGGAUAGGAAGAGACCUUCAACGCCUCCUUCCCCCUUAAGUCCAUCUACACCGGUUCAGGAUUCGUCUGUAGAUAUGCAUUUAGCAGCCAGAAGGGUUGCGAGUUCUCGAUUGCCAGAUAGUUUAUGGCCUUCGACGAUGCGAAGUUUGAGUGUUUCUUUUCAGUCCGAUACAAUUUCAAUUCCUGUUAGUAAGAAGGAAAAACCAGUUACAAAUGCGUUGUCUGAGCGUACUUUGAGGUCGUCGUCAAAUGUAGCACAUAAGCAGGUUGAAACAUCUAUUCCGCGAAAGCUUACACCGGAAAGAAAGAGAAGCCCUCUCAAGGGGAAGAAUGUGGCUGAUCAGUCUGAGAAUUCUAGACCAGUGGAUGGUUUACAUUCUCGUUUGAUUGAUCAGCAUCGGUGGCCGAGUAGAAUAGGUGGGAAGAUGUCUUCUAAUUCAUUAAAUAGAAGUAUGGAUCUUGCUGAUAAGAGUGUCAGAAGUCUUGCCACACCUGGACCUGGAUUUGGGUUGUCUUCAUUGAGGAGAACACCCUCUUCUGAUGUUAUAGGAAAACCUUUACAAAAAUCUUCGAGUGAUGCUUCAAAGCUAUUAUCAACCGUGGAAAGUUGCAGAGCAGGGUUUGGGGUGAGUUUAGUUGAUGAUAAUUCUCUGCACACAUCUAGACUUCACAAGUUUCCAUCUACAAGUUUCCCGGAUAGACCAAAGUCUGCAAAUUCUGUAGUCAGAUCUCAGUCUUUGCCCACUCGUCCACCCUCUCCUAGUAAGACCUCAUUGGUAUCGUCCUCUGUCACGAGGGGUGUCAGUCCGUCUCGAAACAGACCAUCCACUCCUCCUUCUAGAGGAAUUAGUCCAUCUCGAAUAAGGGCAUCCAGCAUUUCGAAUCAACCCACCAAUCCAAAUUCUGUUCUUAGUUUUAUUGCGGAUUUUAAAAAAGGAAAAAAGGGUUCAGGGUACAUUGAAGAUGCUCAUCAGCUAAGGCUGCUAUACAAUAGAUAUUUGCAAUGGAGAUUUGCUAAUGCUCGCUCAGAGACUGUUCUCUAUGUCCAGAAAGUAACUGCCGAGAGAACUCUAUUCAAUGUCUGGAGUGCCACACUAUGUCUGUGGGAUUCGGUGAUUCGGAAAAGGAUCAGUCUGCAGCAGAUGAAGCUUGAGCUCAAACUGAACUCAGUUUUGAAUGAUCAAAUGCCCUACCUUGAUGAUUGGGCUUUGCUUGAAAGAGAUCACAUGACCUCUUUGUCUGGGGCUGUGGAAGAUUUGGAAGCAAGCACUCUGCGUCUUCCAGUUACCGGAGUAGCAAGGGCAGAUAUUGAUUCUUUGAAGGUUGCUAUCUGCUCAGCAGUUGAUGUGAUGCAAGCAAUGGGAACAUCUAUUUGCUCUUUGCUUCCAAGGGCGGAGAGCAUAAAUAGUUUGGUUUCAGAACUUGCUGUUGUAGCAGCUCGGGAGAAAGCAAUGCUUGACGCAUGUGAAGCUCUAUUGGCUUCGACAACAGCUAUGCAGGUGGAGGAAUUUAGUCUAAGGACACAUCUCAUACAAACAAAAGAAGAUUUGGGAAGGUUAAGUAGCCAAUUUUGGCAAUCAAGACAUCCUUAUAAUCCUCACUAGUUGCGGCUAAGAGAUCAGUGGUAUCUCCCCCGUUCUCUGUGUAUGUAAAUUGAGGUUUUAGUGUCAUCUUUUUUUUUUGCUCCCUCCCUUAAUUUUUUUAUAACUUAAAAUGGAUUAUUUUCUUUUUCUAAUCAAUCCCUUUUUCCCCCCUUUUUAACAAAGCAAAGAGUGAUUAGCUUAAUAGCUCUAUGUUUUGCCACUUGUAAUUCUUUUUCUUCUUGUAUUAAGUAACUAAAAAAGAAAAUUUAAAGAGAGAUAUAUAUAUAUAUAUAUAUAGAGAGAGAGAGAGAGAUAGGAAAAUAUUGAAUUUCAAUGUACAUGCAAAUCCAGAAAUGGGAAAGAAAAUGGUGUAGAAACAGGUUCUGUUGUGUAUAUGUGUUUUGAGUUAACAUAUCCAACAUUUAUUGUCAUUGAAAUGAAGAAAUGGAAAGAGAUAUUACUAUUGUUA